AUGUCACAUAUCUGUAAGCAGAACACUAUCAGUGCACAUCCUCAUAAGAACUCUUCAGUUAAUUUCUACAAACAGUUCACAAAACUACAAUCAAAAUGA